AUGGAACAGCAACAACACGGCUCAUUGUAUACUGACGAUGCAUCGUUAUCAUCAUCAUCAUCAUUAUCCUAUACAACAACAACGUAUUCGUUCACAUCUCGUAGUAGCAGUACCGCAUCCACGUCAACUACACCACCCGAUCCUCAUGUGUAUAAUCAUCGUCCUCGUCGACAACGUUGCCCUUUACAAGAGAUUUUGCUUCAUGGCUUAAUCGUGGUUGCUAUCGCGUUUAUCGUUGCCAUAGCAAUCACAUGUCUCUUUGUGCUAUUUCUGGUCAUCCAGAUACUCAGUGACUUGUUGCCGCGAAGGAUGUGGACAUCAGUAGUACGUCGUUUCAAAGCUGUCAACUGGCCUGAUACCAUGAUACGUUGGGGGAUUCGACUUGCUAGGUUGUUUGAAUGGGAAAAGAAUAGGCGAGCAUCGUUUUAUCCUUCUCUAAGCCAGCGAUUUGCACACAUGGAUGGUACCCAUUUGCAUCGUGUUCUACGCUCAAUCACCCUAGUGCUAAAUAGUAUCAAUAAAAUGUAG